AUGACUGGUGUGUUAAAGUUAGAUAUAAAUCAACAAUGUGGACAAAAGGAAGAAACAUGUAGUUGCUCACCUCAGCCUCCUGGUAUUACUACAAGUAAGGUGACUAGUAUUGGUGGUGUCACCAACUUCACGAAAUAUACUCACAGUGUUCCAGGAGGAGGUACAUUCACUCUCAGUGGACAGCUCAGUAAUGGAGGAAAAAUAGGAUCGGGAAAUAACAUGGAAUAUGUGCAGAGCAUAGCAGUAUACUUUUGGAAUGGCAAUCCUAGUGAUCCUAUCCUUCUUGGAAUCAAAAGGACCGGUGACAAUGGUGACAUCACAACCAGCUAUUAUGGCAAGAAUAACCCUGGUAGUAACGACUGGAAUGUUCCACUAGAUGGUACGGAUGAAUUACAGGCACUUGAUGAUCAGAAUUGCAAGCUUAAUAAUGCAGUUCCAUUCGAAAUACAGGGUUCUCAAUCUGUCUCUCUCCCCAAAGAGUCUAAAUCUUCUUGCAUAGGGACAAAAACGACAAAAUCUACACGAUCACCUAUUCCUCCUCCAGGAAGUGACUACAUUGUUAAGGAAUACAAAGUUCAUACUCCUAGUGCUCUUGACAAUGGUACCAAGAUUUCCAGGGUGACUUUAAAUGGCAGACCUAUAAAUAUUUCUCUUACCAGAGAGUACCUUUCAACCGAGAUCAGAUUAUACUCUUCACCUGUUAAUCCCAAAGUGCCCAUUAUGUUUGAACUCAAGCCAAAUACUGGAAAUUCUAAAUGGUUCUAUAGUAAAGAUUCAAGUGGUACUAGCUGGCAAGAAGAUGCUGGAAAUAAUUUCUAUAGUGAUAAUCAACUCACUGAAGCUCUUGCCAAAAAAUUGGAUGAAUUCACUUGCCGAUACCAUAAUGGAGUGACAGUUGAUUUAUCCCAUGAUAGAUCUACAUCGUCGGAUCAUACAUAUUGUUGUGAUGAGCAUGCAGGUGAGAAGGGUAAGGGUGGUGGAAAAGUCAGAGUUGAUCAAGUGACAGUUUCUUGUGAGCAUCCAAAACCAAUCUCCAUUCCAUAUCACAAACAUGUAAUUACUGGUGGAUGUAGCAUUUCCGGAAUUAAGUACAAUGAAGGUGGAAAUGGCCGAGUUAGGAUGAUAAAAAAGCUAGGCGAUAAAGCAUUUCCCAUCCCUGGUUCACCUACUGUUCAUGCAUUCUACUGUGGAGAAGUUCCAAAAUUGAUAUAUCUUGAAGGUGGAACUGAGGAAGUUAAGGCUAAAUGGUUUAAGAAUAGUGGUACCUCAAGUGGAAAUAAUGAAGACUGGACAGAAGCACAGGGUCUCCAAGACAUAAAACCGGGGGAAUUAGGUAGUACUAUAAACUGUGACCAAUAUAAUGAUCUUGUGAAGGCAAUAACAGAGGCUAAAUGUCAAAGCUAUCAAGAAUGUAAUUACACCCCUAAACCCUCACUUCGACCAGGUACUGAUGGUGAUCCUGGACUUAGAGGACCUACUCUUGGUCAACCUGAAAGAGACACUGAUAACGAAGCUGGUGAUACUGAACUUGAAGAUCAACCUGAAGCUGUUGGUGGAGCUACUGGAGGAGGCUCUGGUGAAGACACUGGUCCUGAUGCUAGAGGUAGUGAAGCUGGAGGUGAUCAUGCUUCUCCUAAAGCUACUACUUCGGAUGAUACUUCUGCUGUAUUUCCUGAAGAACCUACUGCUUCUACUCAAAAAGACUCUUCUGGAAACUCUUUUUGGGAAUCUUAUGACAAAAUUAUCCCUACUGUUUUGACUGGAGUUCCAAACUACGAGUUGGUUGGACUUGGUAUAACUAACCAGAGGGAAACCAUCAUUGCCUGGGACGCCAAGACAGGAAAGCCCCUUUACAAUGCCAUUGUCUGGUUGGAUAUCCGCGCCAAAGAGGAGGCUGAUGAAAUAAUCAGCACUUAUGGAUCUGACAAACACUUUUACCAAAAAACUGGUCUUUUGGUGAGCACAUACUUUUCAGCUCUAAAACUAAAGUGGAUGUCAAAUAACUUGGAUUGGUUUGACAAGGCUGUUAAGGAGGAAACAGUGCGAUUCGGAACGAUUGAUACUUGGCUCAUUUACAACUUGACCGGAGAAUACGUUACUGAUAUUACAAAUGCGUCUAGAACAUUUUUGAUGGACAUUAACAAGGAGAGAUGGAGCACUGAAAUGCUCGGACUCUUUGGACUAAAAAUGAACUUGUUACCAAAGAUUUUGCCAAACUGCACAGUUUUUGGUGUGAUAAACAAUGAAAAAGUACCACUCUACAAAGGCAUUGAGAUCACAGGUUGUGCCGGUGAUCAGCAAGCUGCAUGCGUUGGACAAGGUCUCUUCGAGCCAUGCAGUACAAAGUGCACGUUUGGUACAGGAGCAUUUAUCUUGACAAAUACAGGAACAAAGAGAGUUAUUUCUACUGGAGGACUCUUGUGCACUCCUUGCUACAAACUUGGCCCAAGCUCUCCAACUAUAUAUGCACUUGAGGGAUCGAUUGCAAUUGCCGGAGCUGGAAUUUCAUGGCUCAAGUCCAUGGGAAUGAUUCAGGACCCUGCGGAGAUUUCGGACAUUUUAAAAGAGUUCAAGUCGUCCGGAGGUGUUGUGUUUGCUCCAGCAUUUUCUGGUUUAUUUGCACCUCGUUGGAGGUCAGACGCUCGUGGUUGCAUCAUGGGUAUGACUCAGCACACACAACGCGGUCAUAUCGUCAGAGCGUAUUGUGAAAGUAUUGGUUUGCAACUGUUUGAAAUUAUCCAGACGUUCCUGGUGGAUAUGGAGAUUCAAAAUCUACCGUACAUUUGUGUUGACGGAGGUCUCGCAAAGAACCCCGAACUGUUGCAAUUAAUUUGUGACAUUGUCAGGGUACCACUUGAAAAACCGACAACUACUGAAGUUACCUGUUAUGGCGCCGCAAUUCUUGCCGGUUUACAAGUUGGACUCUGGGAAUCCCUCGAGGAGGUAAAGAAACUUACAAAGGGACGCGAUCAAACCUGGAAGCCAGAUUUGGACCCAGAGGAGCGUCAAAAGAUCAUCAGCUACUGGAAUCUCGGUAUCGAAAGAUCACUAUUGUGGCAAAUUUAG